CCCUCUGCAGGCUCUAUUCUCUCUCCUUCCCAGCCCCUCCUUCGUCCCCCUGCACCGCAUUGCAAGGGCGGGUCUCUAAAGAGACGUCCCUCGGCGGUGGGUAUUCUGAGCCUGCUGCGCGUGGAGAAGCAACGAAUAGAGACCCACCGCCAAGACAGGAUUGUAUGCAAAAUCAUGGAAAUGCCAACAAAGGAAUCUGAGCCUUCCCCACCACCUCCACAAUAUUCAGGCCCAGGAUAUCCACCUGGCCAAGCCCAAUAUGGAUAUCCUCAGAAUGCACCUGGACCUGCUGUCCCAGGUCCGCCAGCAACUUACAGUGCUCUCCAGGUUCAGUAUCAGCCUAAUGUGCCUGUGGUUUGGAUGCCGCCACCUCCUGCUAUUCCAAAAUGCCCCCCAGGAUUGGAAUAUUUAAGCCAGCUUGAUCACCUAUCAAUUCAACAGCAGAUUGAGCUCAUGGAAAUGAUAAGCGGCCUUGAAACUUGCAACAGAUAUGAAAUCAAAAACUCUGCAGGGCAGAUGGUGUAUUUUGCAGCUGAGGAAAAUGACGACUUCAACCUGAAUUGUUAUGGGCCCUUACGCUCCUUCACCAUUAAGUUCUAUGACAGUGCAUGCCAGCCGAUCAUGCAGCUGUCAAGAGAUUUCCAGUGUUCCAUUUGCUGCUGCCCUUGUAUCUGCUGCUUGCAAGAGCUUGAAGUUCAGGCCCCACUAGGCACAAUCAUUGGCUAUGUUAAACAGAAGUGGCAUCCCUUUCUCCCUAAAUUUGUUCUCCAAAACGAGGCCAGAGAAAAAGUACUUACAAUGACUGGGCCAUGUGUGCCAUGCCGCUGUUGGCAGGAUAUUCAUUUCGAGGUGAAGACACUGGAUGGGAAGUCUACAGUCGGAACAAUUAAUAGGCAGUGGACAGGCCUGGCAAGAGAGGCUGCCACAGAUGCUAGCAUCUUUGAUGUCCAGUUCCCCAUGGACCUUGAUAUCAAAAUGAAAGCGAUCACCAUGGGGGCCUGCAUGCUCAUGGAUUUCAUGUUUUUUGAACGUGCGGGAAACAGAAACCGUCGACACUGAUACAUCAUCAUGCUGGGGUGCAUCAUGGGAUACAUCGACGUUAGUUCAGGCCAAUUUUGCAAUGAGAAUAUGAGUGUGAAUAUCCAAAAUUGUGUUCUCCCAUAACUGUACUAAAACAAGUUACCAAUCCAACUUGCAAAAGGGAUUUUAGUUUUAAAUUUUGUUUUGCAUUUAAAGUAGUAGUAGUAAUAUUUUUUAAAAAAUAAUUUAUAACCCACCCAUCUGGCUAGGUUUCCCCAGCCACUCUGGGUGGCUCCCAACAGUAUAUUAAAAACACGAUAAAACAUCAAACAUUAAAAACUGUUAGGUUUCUAUUCCUCUCACUGUGGAAUCACGGGAGCAGAUGUUUGCUGUAUUCUGUUUCCAUUUGUUUUCUUCUUCUUCGGACUUCUCUCAGCGAGAGGAGACAUGUUUUCUUUUGUUCUGCCUUACGCUUAAUAAAGUAGCUUUUAGUACACAACCUCA